AUGUCGUCCAAGUGGGAUUCCAAAGAUACUUUUCUCGAAACAAUCGCCAAUCUUUCGGAGAGCGGCGCGUACUCGGACUUCAAGAUCGUCUGUGGAGUAGACACAUACAAUGUCCACAGAGCCAUCAUCUGCCCCCAGUCAGACUUCUUUCGCGCAGCUUGCCGCCCGGACACUUUCCAGGAGGGUCACACUGGAGUUCUUACGCUUCCCGCAAACGCUGGACGUGAUACGGACGCAAUGAAAAUCCCUCUCACUCCUGAUGAAGUUGACUGGGAUCUGGACGUUGAAAAAAUACCACGACGAUCAGACUCUUGA